AGUAAAAACUAAACUAAGAAUAAAGUACCAGCAGAGUAGACAGAAUAAUAAACAUUGAGACAAAAUAUUUUUUUAUCAGGAAGUCUGGAAACACAUGACGUAUGAUGCAUGACCCAUUGUACUCAUAUCAUGUUUGAGUGUCUUCAAUAUGUAUAUAUAAUUAUCAAUGCGUGUAACGAUCAAUAGUUAAAUACAACACUGCAUUAUAUGCUUAUUAUGUACAAACAUACAUACUUAGGAUUCAAAGACUCACCAGUUUAUUGUAUGUAGAUCAAUUAUUAAGUAAUUAGACUCUUCUAUCAAUCACAUGGCACAAUCUACAAAAAAAUCCUACGAAGCCUGAGUUGAUGGACUGGAGUUCGUUGUAUCCGGAAUAUUUUUCUGAUAGUCAGGAUGAGAGCGAACGUAAACCUGGAGUUGAAUUUGCAGAUAUUGGCUGUGGCUAUGGCGGAUUGCUGGUCACUCUGUCAGGAAUGUUUCCGGAGAAUUUAAUAUUGGGAAUGGAGAUCAGGAUAAAAGUAUCUGACUAUGUCAUGGACAGGAUUGCAGCCUUGAGAUCGCAACAUCCAGGUCAAUACCAAAAUAUUGCUUGUUUGAGGACAAACGCUAUGAAGUAUUUACCAAAUUACUUCAAAAAAGGACAGUUGAAGAAAAUUUUCUUCUUGUAUCCAGAUCCUCACUUCAAGAAGGCGAAACACAAGUGGAGAAUUAUUAACGACACAUUACUAGCUGAGUAUGCUUAUGUUCUAGCUGAACAGGCAAUUAUCUACACAAUGACUGACGUGAAAGAGCUUCACGAGUGGAUGGUUAAGCAUUUUGUGAAUCACCCUUUAUUCGAAAGAAUUUCAGGCGAUGAAUUGGACACGGAUCCGAUUGUUCCGAAACUUUAUGAGAGCACCGAAGAAGGUCAGAAAGUCACGAGAAAUAAAGGAGACAAAUUUUUAGCUGUGUUCCGUCGAAUACCCGACAAAUUCGUACCUGAUGAUAAAAGAUAGCGUAGACUAUUGAUUUUUUUUAAAUUGGAAAUCCAAUAUUUUAUCAAAUUAUAAGCUGUAUUAAUAAACAUUUUUUUUUUAAUAAUACAAUAAACUCGAAUUUAAAUAAAUUCAGGUUUAAUUUCAAAAAUUUUACUUCACAGAUGGUUUGGUAGAAUGUAAUUUAAG